AUGUCUCUGAGAAUCAAAAUUGUGGUGGACAAGUUCGUCCAGGAGCUCAAGGAAGCUUUGGAUGCCGAUAUCCAAGACAGAAUCAUGAAGGAGAGAGAGAUGCAGAGCUACAUCGAAGAGCGCGAACGCGAAGUCGCCGAGCGCGAAGCUGCUUGGAAAGCUGAGCUCUCUCGCCGCGAGGCAGAGAUUGCCAGGCAAGAAGCAAGGCUGAAAAUAGAGAAGGAAAACCUUGAGAAAGAGAAAAGCGUUCUAAUGGGAACUGCUUCUAAUCAAGAUAACCAAGAUGGAGCUCUUGAAAUCACCGUAAGCGGUGAAAAAUACCGGUGUCUCAGGUUUGCGAAGGCAAAGAAAUGA